CAAAACACGAAGAACGCGGACGCGGAAGUGACGUCGCGGUGUUUACCUACGAACUAGCGAAGUGCAGAAGCCCAUUUAGUCCUGUGUAUCUCUCUUUGUUUUUGUUUACAUUAGUUAGCCACAGAGUUUUCCGCGUGGCCCUUCGUGUCGCGAUGGGCGCGCACGGAGGUCUGGGCAACGAGCCCGAUUCCAUCGACUACUCGGUGCACGAGGCCUGGAACGAGGCGACCAACGUCUACCUGCUGGUCAUCCUGGUCAGCUUCGGGCUGCUGAUGUACGCCAGGAAGAACAAGAGGAAGAUCAUGCGCAUCUUCACUCUGCCUCCCACCGCCGGCAGCAGCCCCGAGCCCAACUUCUACGACAGUCUGCAGAAGGUCCGCCUGCGACAGCAGCUGGAGAUGUACUCUCUGGCCAGAAAAUUUGAUCAGCAGCAAGGCCAGACAGACAGCGUGCAGCUCUCCAUGGAAUGAGAGCAGGCGGAGUCCCCCUCCUCCUCCUCCUCCUCCUCCUCUCUCGGUCAGAGAAACAUUCGUGCAACUUCAAGUCCGUCUGCACGUGGAUAGGAAAAGGACUUAGAAGGCUGGACUGGUCAGCGACUGUGAAUGAGACACAACUCCUUUCCUGGUUGUUUCUGUUUGGCCCCCCCCGCUGAGACGAGUCUCUCCAUUCACCGUCUGUCGUCUCCCAUGGACCAGAGCUGGAGGGAUGAAUGGAAGCCAGCAACGCUUGUGAGUGUGGAAUCUUGCAGGUCUGCUGCUGCGGCACACAGUCACGUCAUUCCUUACACUAUAUUUGUGACACUACUCUGCGGUGUCACAAAUAUAGUGACGUGUCAUUCUACCAUGAAUUUUUUUUUGCUCACCAAACAUGAUGCUUCAAAUUUAACCUAAGUUAUGGAUGUUUUUUUUUUACUUGUUUGUAAGAUAUGUUUUGUGAGAAGUGGUAUAGUAAAAUUGAGUGAAAAUAAACCUACAGUGAUAGAGACUGGAAAUUA